CUUAAUGUUUGAAAUGUUCUUCCUAUAGCCUUGAAAAUCUCUCAGACAUCUUACACGUGAGAGGUGAGGAAAGAAAAUAUGAAGUGUGGAAAAUAGUUACCCUGUGUGAGGGCAUUUCAGAGCUGUUGUUCAGUGAGCUUCGGUUAUCAAUGUGUGAGACAUGACACCACUGAGGCCAGCUGAUUACCCGCUGAUGACGUCACACUCCUGUCAGCCAAUCAUAAACACUGUUGAUGGUACAUGAACGCAGUGACUGGCUGACCGCACCACCAAUAGGAUGCUGCCAACCAACGUGGUCUCAUUUGUCAAAAAGAUGGUGGCGUCGGAGGGGAGUGGCGGGGGUCAGGGAGGAGGUGGGGGUCUUGGGGCCAGGUCAGAGGUACCCGAGACUGGCACUGCCCUCUCCAAGCUCCGCCACACUCUCACCUCUGGCAUUCACGGCACAGUGACGAAGUUGUCCCCGACGAGGCCACCGCCCGCCACAAACCCCGAGGGAUCGUUAUCGUCAUCAUCGUCAUCGUCGUCAGCGGGGGUGGUGCAGUCGUCGGCGGUGUCUUCCGAGGAGAGGUCACUACUGCAGAAGGUGUGGGACAAGAGCGAGCGCUUUGACCCUUCUGACGCCCGGAUAUUUAAAGCACCGCCCAUCACCACGCCCACGGCCCCAUCAGUAGGAAUCAUCGGUGGAUCGGGAGGAGCGGGCGGCCUGUCUCCUCUAUCCUCCCCAAGUGGCGGCAAGCAGGGCGAGCCAACACCUACUGCCAUCGUCCUCUCCGCCCGCUCUCAGAGGUCACCUGGGUCCUCCUGUCGGGUCUGUGUUAAGACUCUAAAGGACUCGGAGUUCUUCAAGGUGUGUUCAGAGUGCGGGAAUAAAGUGUGUGAAGACUGCGCCUCCUACUCUACGCACUCCUCGGAUGGUGAACAGGAGAAAUGGAACUGCAGUAUCUGUCGGCGGCGUCUUUCCUCUCGGGCCAAGAACGAGCAGCCAGCGUCCUCGGAGGGCAGCAGUACCCUCACCCCUGGCAUGCCCUCCAUCAUGGCGGCCCCGAUGCCUCCUCCCAGCCCAGGGGCACCCACAGCCCUCAACAUCUUCAGCGGCCUGGCUGCUAUGGCUUCCUCAAUGGCCGGCAACCAGUCCCAGCAGGCUACGACCCCCUCGACCCCUCUACCCAGCCCCCUGCCCUCAGGUCUGCCGAGGGCUGGGUCUAGCACACACCUCAACACCCUAUCCACCACGCCCUCCACGCCCACGACAGCCGAGCCCCCGACAGCCAACGGCUACCCUCACCGCAAGCUGUCGAGAGGUUCAUGCAAGCAGACCUCACUCGACCGGACCAAGUCUAUAGAAAGGUCUAGGUCGAGGGACGAGUCGAGAGAUAGACGGCCGCCCUCAGCUGUCCCUGGUAGUGGUGAUGGUCGUCGGCCUCGGGACAGGUCGCGAGAGAGACCAUCAGUACCACGUCGCCGCUCGGAUAACGAUGACGACAACCCGAGGUCAUCGUCAUCGUCACGUACGGCCUCGGUGCGUCGUGGGCGUAUGAGUGACUACAUGCUCAGGGACGCAUCCGAUGACCACCUCAACUUCCAACGCAUCCACGCAGCGCACAGUGAGACCGACGUAUCCAGGUCCCGCAAGACGAGUCAUCACAACCUGCACCCCUUCCACCACCGCGCACCACAUUUCUAAUACCACCACUACCACCACCCACUCCCACAUCACA